AGUAUUGUUCAUUACGACCCCACAGUUUUUCUUCUUUUCCUUCUGAUCGAAGCAUUUUGAAUUCUUCAAAUACACUACAAAUUACUCUGCAUUUUGGAUUAUAGAUCUCGUUUUCCAGGCAAAUCAAUGGCAGCAACUUCAGUACAUAAGUUUGGUCAGUGCAUUUCUUGCCAUGCUUGGAGUCCCGACCUAUCCAUGAUUGCAUUUUGUCCUAACAACAGCGAAGUGCAUAUUUAUAAACUAUCCGAAGACAAGUGGGAGAAGGUCCAUGUUCUUCAAAAGCAUGACCAAAUUGUUUCUGGUAUAGAUUGGAGUUACAGAUCCAACAAAAUAGUCACUGUUUCUCAUGAUCGUAAUUCCUAUGUUUGGAACCAAGAAACGACAGGGUGGGUUCCUACUCUGGUUAUUCUCAGGCUGAAUCGUGCAGCACUUUGUGUGCAGUGGAGUCCAAAAGAAAACAAGUUUGCUGUUGGAAGUGGAGCUAAAACUGUUUGUAUAUGCUACUAUGAGCAAGAAAAUAACUGGUGGGUGAGUAAGCUUAUCAGGAAAAGGCAUGAUUCAUCUGUAACAAGUAUUGCCUGGCAUCCGAAUAAUGUUCUCCUAGCAACAACGUCCACUGAUGGUAAAUGUAGAGUAUUUUCAACAUUCAUUAAAGGCGUCGAUGCAAAAGACUCUGCAAUGGGGAAUUCUGCAGAUACCAAAUUUGGAGAGCAAAUUGUCCAGCUUGACCUAUGCUUUUGCUGGGCUUUUGGUGUCAGAUGGUCCCCAAGUGGCAAUACCUUAGCAUAUGUAGGUCAUAACUCAAUGAUAUACUUCGUUGAUGAAGUUGGUCCCUCUGCUGCAGCACAAAGUGUAGCAAUCCGUGAUUUGCCUCUUCGUGAUGUAUUGUUUCUUUCUGAAAGGAUGGUUGUUGGAGUGGGAUUUGAUUGCAACCCGAUGGUAUUUGUGGCAGAUGAAAGUGGACUCUGGAGUUUCUUGAGAUUCCUUGAUGAACGGAAAGCAGCGUCUUCAAGUGCCAAAUAUGGAUCACAGUUUUCGGAAGCAUUUGGGAAAUUCUAUGGUCAAUCAAAGCUUUCAGGCAGCAACAACGUUGAGCAAUCAAGAGGCGCUCAUGACAACUGUAUCAAUUGUAUAUUACCACUUGCCAAACAGAGAAAAUCUAGUGUCACCCGUUUCAGCACUUCAGGACUUGACGGGAAGAUAGUGACAUGGGAUCUGCAGAACCAAGAAGAUUUAUUGGACUAUCUAUGAACAUUUUUGAACUGGCACAUACUCUAUACUAUCCGAUACUCUGAACGUCGCAGCUCGUCUCUUCACCAUCUGUAUGAUGUAAAAAGUUUCUCCUUACUAAGACCUUUGUAAGGUAUAGUUGGAACUGCUGUAAGAUGAUUGAACAACAUAUGAAUUUGUUUGUGUAGACAUGA